CGCGUGGGGGACAAGGUCAGGUCCGGGUAAGCGGGUCCCGAGCUGUGCGGGUUUGGCCGUGAGGUUGGGGCGACGGUUCUGAAGUUCCAGCAGGGUCUCCCUGCGACAUCGUGGACCUGGUGGCCCUGUCCGGGGGGCGUCCCGUUCCCUGGCAGCACGUGUGCCUGGUGGUGCAGGGAUCCUUGCAGCCCAAGAAAUGUCUUCGCUUUCAGAAUAUGCCUUACGCAUGACUCGUCUGAGUGCCCGGCUGUUUGGUGAAGUUGCCAGGCCCACUGAUUCCAAGUCUAUGAAAGUGGUGAAACUGUUCAGCGAACAGCCUUUAGCCAAGAGGAAGGAAACCUACGACUGGUAUCCCAAUCACAACACGUACUUCGCACUCAUGGGGAUUCUCCGGUUUCAUGGCCUUUACAGAGAUGAGCAUCAGGAUUUUAAGGAGGAGCAAGUGCGUUUAAAGAAACUUCGUGGAAAAGGGAAGCCAAAGAAAGGAGAAGGGAAACGAGUAACAAAAAAGAAAUAGUGCUGGCCUGUGCAGAGGGAACCCCCUUCGCAGAGACCGAGAGGAGCACGUGCAUUUCCUGUCUUGCCCACAUUGGAGGAUGUUCCUGGUUCUCCGUGACCUGCCUUGGGGAACAGUCAUCUCCACGCUGAAGCUAAUGCAGUUAAAGUGUGACACGGCUCCUCAGCAUUCUAGUUCUGCAGAAAUCAUUCUGGUAUUGGUUUUGUAAGCUGAUGUUUACCUAAUUGAACAAAUCCAUCAAUGGCUCCAUCAAUGAAUAAAUGGUUGUCUCAUGACUUACUCAGGGUGGGGAUGGGAUGCUGGAGAGUCGUGGGGGGAGCCUCGUUACGUGAGUGCCUCGAGAGUUCCCUCCUCACUCACUCCUUGCUUCCCUACUAACUUAACCCUAAACUUCUUUGGCCAUCAGCCUCUGUCUCCCACACCAAGAUCAUAAACUCUGCAUUUCUCCACCUACCCUUUUGAGAAUAUCUAGUAAGAUGAAUCUGUAUUAAAAGAUCUGCCUGAGAAGAGAGUACAAAAGGUCCUGGAUCCGUGAUAAUGUGGUCAUUACCAAGAGAAACAGUCCCUAUUACCUAGAAUUUUGAAUCCUAUGAAAGAGACCACUAUUACAUACAAUUGUAUUAAACGCUACAAAGGAAAAAGCCAAACUUUAAUGAAAGUGUGAAUGGAUGGCUGGAUGGAUCCAGAGGCAAGGUCCAGACUUUAUCAGUUUAAAGAAAGUUUCCCUAAAGAAGUUUUUUAAAUGAACUUCAAAGGAUCACUGAGAGCCAGAAUAACAACAUUUGGCCUAGUGGUUAAGACACGGGUGGAGGAGUCAGCAUUGUGGCAUAGCAAGCGAUGCCUAUGUCCUACAUGAGCAUGGGUUUGAGUCCUGGCUGCUCCACCUCUGAUCCGUUCCAAAUAAAAAAUUAGAGACAAAAAAUGGUUGAGACACCAUGGUCCAUGUCAGAGUUCCUGAGUCUGAUUCCUGCUCCAGCUCCAAAUUCCGGCUUCCUGCUAAAGCAUACCUGGGAAGCAGAAGGGGCAGCUCAAGUGAUGGCAACUCAAUCCGUGUGGAAAAGCUGGAUUGAGUUCCCAACCCCCAGCUUUAAGCUGGUCCAGUUUGACCAUUGAGGACAUGUGGGGUGUGAAACUGGAGUUUUUCUGUCUCCAAGAAGUAAGAGAAGAAACCAGUGGUGAAGGUAUUUGGAGCAAAUAUGUUAUCACUUGCAAAACUUAAAGUUAGAGGAAACCGUUCUGCACAAAGAAUCAAAAACGGGCUACGUGGCUGGCCAUGGGAAAUAAGCCAAGCCAUAAAGGACUUUGCAGCUUCUGUGAAAAAGCUUGGAUUUAGCCCACUUAGUCAGAGGUCAGAGUAUAUAAGACAUUUAUGUUGGAUGACAACUCUAUAUUUGGGUAGCUAGCUCCCGAUUUAAUUGUAGCAUUGAGUGUCCAGAGAGGUUGUGGGGACUUCUUUGAGUUAUUUUUCCAAGAGUUCUGAAACAACACUGUCCAGUAAAUUUUUGAAGUAUGCUUAUAUUGUAAGAAACAUAAUAAAAUGCACCUUCAUAAUCAUGUUUAAA